CACAGCCCGACGCUGAUGUAGCGAUCGAGAAAUGAUAACAUAGCAGGCUGAGCCGGGCAGUCAGCGUGGGGAGGCACUCCGGGGACCGCGGCGCAGGGGAGCGGCCACAACUUCACUCUUACGGCAGUAACGCUGGUCGGAGGGGGCUGGCCGCCGCUGGAUGCCCGAUAUCGCUCUGAUCCGCUUGUUGGGUUCCUUUUUCCGCUUGGAGUUUGCCGUUUUCAUUAAUUAUUACGACUUAAGAAAAGACACGCUGUUGUUAGGUUAUUGACUCGUAACAGAUUUGUUUUAAAAGAACACGGCCCAAAGAAGUACCAUUUACAAGAAUCCAUCCUGUACAAAGGGACCGGCAACAUAAUGGAUAAAGAGGCUGGAUCUAAUGAAUUCAGCAACCAAGAAGAGGAGGUGCGAACGCUGUUCGUCAGCGGCCUGCCUCUGGACAUCAAGCCUCGGGAGCUCUACCUGUUAUUCAGGCCAUUUAAGGGUUACGAGGGCUCCCUGAUAAAGCUCACCUCCAAGCAGCCUGUGGGAUUUGUCAGUUUUGACAGUCGAUCGGAGGCAGAAGCAGCAAAGAACGCACUAAAUGGAAUCCGCUUUGAUCCCGAGAUCCCGCAGACCUUGCGCCUGGAGUUCGCGAAAGCCAACACCAAGAUGGCCAAGAGCAAGCUAGUGGGCACUCCCAAUCCCCCCGCCUCCCGGCAGAGCCCCGGCCCUCAGUUCAUCAGCAGGGACCCCUAUGAGCUGACAGUGCCCGCUCUCUACCCUGGCGGCGUAGACGUGUGGGCACCCUACCCCCUGUACCCCGCGGAGCUGUCGCCCGGCCUUCCUGCCGCUCUCACGUACCCCUCCGGCCUGCACGCUCAGAUUCCCUGGCUCCCGCCUGCGGAUGGAGUCCCUCAGGGAUGGAAGUCCAGGCAGUUCUGCUGAUAUCUGGGUUUCUGUUGUGUGAUGGCGUCCACAGUUGGUCUUGAUGGUGUCGAUCUGAUGUCCGACUGGGUACAUACCUGACCCAAUUAACGAUGGCGUGGACUUAUUGGCCACUGCCUCUCCCUGGGCCUCAAGACCUUCAAGACCCCUGUCCCAUCACACAUCGACCCCAUGUGCUCUCAUAGCUGUUACUCCCCAAAGAACUGUGCUAGUAAUCAUUCUUAAUAUAAUAAUUAUUAUUAUUGCCAUCCUCAUUACAUAUGACAUAUUUGAGUACGACUUUGCCAAAGCAAUGUUGUACAGUUUUAGAUGCGCUAAGAAGAAUCACAGGUAUUUUUAUAUUAAGUAAUUGUUCUGAAUGUUUUAUUCUGUUGUGUGGUGCUUAAUAUUUGCGAGGAUCUUUAUUAAAAUUACUCUUCUCUGACAUGGUACUGCAGUGAAUGAAGUGUACACAAACCGUAGAGUCUGUUUGCUAUGUCCAUUGGGGCAAAAGGCACUGUACCAUGGAAUGGGAUUCGGUGUAAUUUGAGUACUUUGAAAACUGCCCCAUUUUUUUAAAGUACUCGGGCCAUUGCAGAAAUGUGUAUGAUUACUGUGAAACAAAGAAGCCAAGUGAGGCAUUAUUAACAGCCUUGGUGCCAUGAACUCUUUUCAUUGAAGAUGUCUUGCCUGUUUGCCUUACUGAUGUAGCCAUAUCUUCAAGGACUAUAGCUUUCUUAGCCUUGUGAGAUUGGACCUAUUUGUGGACCAAAGCAAGAGAUCGUCCCUCAGAAACAAGAACUAUGUCUUUCAUUCAAGAUCUUGGACCGGCCUUACUCUUUUUCAUUUUUUUUUGAACGUGCAGUGCAACAUAAAUUCAGCCGCGGUCAUUCUGAGCAUUCUGCAGAACAUGACUCUGAUCAUGCCAAGUCUCUAAGGGGAACCGGAGGCCCAGAAGCUCAUCAUCUCAACGUGAUGGUGUUCCACAAAAAUUCGAGUGAAGUAAUGAGUCAUCACGUGCGGGCUGAGACACAAAGGAGGGAUCAGUGUGUCAGGCUUAUGCAUCAGAAAGAAAUUCUGUCCCACACAAACACACUUGCUUUACAAGAGCAGGAGCAAGUCAUUUACAACCCGUAGGUUUCAUCUUCCACUUUGUGCUGGUGAGUAUUACGUUGACAAAGAAAAUGGGCCAGAGUACUUUGUAAGUUCUCUACUUAUGUCUGCACUACAUAUUUUUCUAUUGCUUUCAUGGCGAGUGCCUUUGUUUUCUGAUUUCCUUUUCAAGUGGCCUCUCGAAUCCGCUUCGGAGUACCUAAAAAUAGCACCCUGGAGGAAAAAGGCUUAAGUUUCCAUAAUGGGACUGAGCUAAGCCUGAAGCUUGAAUGCUAAUUGAGCACUAAACAGAAAAAUGACUCCAGAAAUACCCCACCCGCCCACCCAGUGCCACACGACCUGCAGAAACGCGUAACCCUUUUUGUAUCUCUCUCGCUACCGUGAUGCUCAAAUAUCAUCGGACCACGGGUAGAUCGAGGUUCGCGAAUUGUGUCAAGUUGGCAAGAGGGGACACGGCAGGUCGCGCCUUGGCGUUGCCGAACUGAGGGCCUACAUGCGGACGCACCAGUGGUGACGUGCGGAGUGUGAUUUCAGCAGUGCGGCGGAUGAAUACGUUAGGUGCCCCUACAGGUGAGAGUCAGCUUAAACGCCCGAUGACAGAGUCACAUGGUAUCCGCGCCACGGGGUAUCAAACCACCACAAGGAAUAAUGAGGUGCCACACGAGCUUUUCUUUCCAGCUGCAGCAAUAAUUUGUAUUGUUCAGGAAAUAAAUGAGGGUAAGGUGGUCCGUGAGGAAGGCAGUCCAACCGACAGUUUUAAUCCGACGAAAAUUGACCACAAGUAAGAUGGCAGCGAUUAAAGAACAGAAUGUACGAGUUUGUAUGGAUCUGACUUUGUGUCUUUGUGUAUUCAAUGCAUGUUUAUUAUAUAGAUGUGUGUGUGUAUCUAGCCACUGUAAGGAGAAAGUGCAUUUCCAUGAAUUAUAGUGGUCUUAUUCACAUAAUGUUUUUAUUAAAAAAAAAGGUUUUUUGUAUAAGAAGAAAUAAAGUGAUUGGAUCAACCAUAAGCAGUU